AUGUUAAAUCCAGAGCCUCAGAUACUGGUGCACACUGUCCUUCUGUCACUGUGUCUACUCACUUGCAAUGCAGGGUCAUCAUAUUAUAUAACUGCACCUCAGUAUAUUAUUCCUGGAGAGAAUACAACCCUUGCUGUUCACUGGUUUGGAGUGCAACACUCUGAAAUCAAUGUGACUGCAGGAAUUGCAAUUGGUUUCAAUGUCCUAGUUCAAGCAUACAAGGUGUUCCGUAAUGACUCUAUUGGAUUACUCACUAUUCCAGCAGAUCCUAACACCAACAUUGUGCAACAAUGGCUGCAGAUGAAAUCAGACCUGGGAGUUGUAUCUUCAUAUUUCUCUCUGACUAGCAACCCUACUAUGGGUAAUUGGAUGAUAGAAGCUAAAUCAGAUAGAAAUGUGUUCUCUAGUUACUUCUCUGUCACAGAUUACAUUUUACCAAAAUUUAUUGUAACACUGGAUGCUCCACAAGUCUAUGUUUCUCCAAAGAUGCUCAACCUAACUGGCACUGUUACAGCAAGGUAUUACUCUAAUAAACCAGUAGAAGGGAAUGUAACAGUAACAGUGACGCCUAAUUAUGUUCAAAAUGCAAGUAUUGUAGUAGAAACAUCAACCUAUAUAAUGGUAACAAACUCAGAGUAUAAAAUUAACUUCAUUGAACAACAUCAAGCAUUCAUGACUGGUGGAAAUUUUACAUCUAUGAUUCAAAUACAACGGACUGAUAAACAAUCCUUAACUGAACAAGAGAGGAAGGAGAAGGUGAUAGUUAACAUAACCUAUAAUGCAAUGACAUUUCAGCAGCUAUAUGCAAUCCCAGAAACUGGAAUUAUCACUGUGCAGUUUCUAGUUAACUUAUCAUCAUCUGUAAUAUACAUUAUGGCUCAGUACAAGAAUAUGAAUUCAUAUUACAGCACUGAUGAGGUUUUUACAUACAAUCCUCUUGUUCAACUAAAAACACCAGAUUCCACUUUAAAGGCUGGAAUACCAUUUGAAGUGCACGUUGAUGUCCUGGUGGAAGUCCAGCAGAUAUAUUACACAGUUGUAUCCAAAGGAAUGGUAGUGGCGGCUGGGAAAAAUGGGACAACAUUUAGCCUCACACCAGAAAACGCCUGGGCUCCCACGGCUGAACUGUUAGUCUCAAGCUUAAAAUCCACCUUUGCACUAACUGUACCUGACAUCAACACCACCUGGGUGGCCAAUGCUUUCAUUAUAUCUGAAAAUCUUGGACUGGGAUUAGUUGAGGAACCAGCUGAGUUAUCAAUAUUCAAAUCUUUUGUGGUUGAACUGAAAAUGCCGUAUUCUGUCACAAGAGGGGAACAGUUUAUCCUGGAAGUUACCUUGAAAAAUUAUUUAAAGGAAAACUUACAGGUUCUGGUCACUAUGGAAAGUAACACUGCCUUCAAUAUAAUUGUACCUUUUAAUAAUAAUAAUAAAACCUCUACACCUAUGGUAGCUGGCCAACAGAAAGUAAUUGUUCCCGGAGAAGAUGGAACAACUGUUUUGUUUCCAAUAGAGCCAAAGAAACUUGGUAACCUCACCCUCACAGUUAAAGCAGCAUCGAAAGCAUCAUCAGAUGUUUUAACCCAGAGUAUUCUAGUGAAGGCUGAAGGAGUGAAGUACUUUUAUACACAGACAGAACUGUUUGGCCUCUCGGCCUUGGGAAAUGCAAGUCAGAUAGCAUCAAAGAACUUCUCAUUCAGUUUGCCUAGUGAUGUGGUACAAGGCAGUGAGGAAGCAUUUAUUGCUGUGGUUGGGAAUCCUCUUGUGCCUUCAAUAAAUGGUCUAGAGUCUCUUAUCCAAAUGCCAUGUGGAUGUGGAGAGCAAAACAUGAUCAACUUUGCACCAAAUAUAUAUAUUCUCCAAUAUUUAAUUACAUCUAAAAAGAUAACUGAAGAUAUCAGAGCAAGAUCUAUAGGCUUCAUGAAUAUAGGUUACCAAAGAGAAUUAACAUAUAAGCGAUCUGAUGGUUCUUUUAGUGUUUUUGGAAAUGCUGACUCCUCUGGAAGCACAUGGCUCUCGGCUUUUGUGUUUAGAUGCUUCCUUCAGGCUCGGGAAUUUAUAUACAUAAGUCCCGCAGUCUUAGAUGACAUAGCACAAUGGCUUGUUCGAUACCAGGAUAUGACCACUGGUGUAUUUACUGAGCCUGGCAUAGUGAUACACAAGGAACUCCAAGGAGGACUGGAUGGUCCAGUCACCCUAACUGCUUACGUGCUGACCUCACUUUUGGAAGAUGCAACAUAUAGGCAACUCUAUGACGCAAACAUUCAGAGAGCUGUAAAAUAUAUUGAAAGUAAAUUCGAUGAUGGAAUUUCCACUAACUACACCUUGUCAGUUGUUGCAUAUGCACUAACCCUGGCUAAAAGCACCAAAGCGGAGGCUGCCCUGAACAAGCUCAAUUCAAUGGCAAUCACUGCAGGAGAGCUGAAGUUCUGGUCUUCACCUUCUGCAACAACCAAUUACUACUGGAAGCCAAGAACAGCAGAUAUCGAAACAGCAGCUUAUGCCUUGCUUUCCUUCAAUGAACAGAGCAGGUUUUCCGAUGCUCUCCCUGUGCUGAAAUGGCUGACCCAGCAAAUGAGUUCUCUUGGGGGCUAUGUAUCGACUCAGGAUACAAUUAUGGCCUUGCAAGCUCUGUGCAAGGUUUUUUCCUUUUCCGCUGUGGAUACAGCACUUACUGUGUCUAUUACUGGUUCAACUGUGAAUAUUCCAAAACGAUUUCAGAUCACCAAUGACAAUUUACUUUUGCUGCAAAGUCAACAGAUUGAAGUCUCCAAUCCUUUGUCAGUCAAUGUGACUGUUGUAGGAAGAGGAGUGGCUAUUGUACAGUUUAAUGUAAUGUACAACAGGAAGACAUUAUCAAGGCGCAGGAGAAGCACUCCAGUGACAGAAGCUUUCACAUUAGAUGUAAAAGUGGGAGACAGUAAAAACAACAUUAAUAAAUUGUCUGUGGACAUAUGUACAAGCUACCAGGGACCAGGGAAUGAAAGUGGUAUGGCACUCCUAGAUGUUGGUUUCCUGAGUGGAUUCACAAUUAAAACUGAAGAUUUUAUAAGACCCCAAUCUCUUAAGCUUGUGGAGCCAAAAGAAGACAAAGUUUAUCUUUAUUUUGAUUCGCUGACCAAGGAUAAGCUUUGUAUAUCAGUUCCAAUGAUUCGUUUUGCCAAAGUAGCAGGUUCUCGGGAUGCCGUGAUUCAAGUCUAUGACUAUUACAACCCUGAAAUGACAGCAACAAGGACAUAUAAUUCCCUGAUCAUGAGUCAAAUAUCUUCUUGUAACUACUGUGGAUCAAACUGCAGUCUGUGCAGAUCAAAUGUGCCA